UACCGCGGUGCGGAACGGGAAGGGGAGAAGGAACCGGCACCGGGAUCAGCACCGGGAGCGGCUCCGCUCCUGCCAGCAGCGCCCGCACCGCCCCGCACCGGCCAUGGGGCAGCGCUCCCGGGCCCGCCCCGGCUGAGCGCCCGACCCGACCCGUCCCUUCCCUUCCCGUCCCUACCCGUCCCUUCCCUUCCUUACCCGUCCCGUCCCGUCCCGUCCGCUCCGUCCCGCCCCGCGGACCUUGGCCGGGGAUGCUGGCGGGAUGUCGGGCGCCGGGGCGGCCGUGCUGGGCUGGGCGCUGCUGGCCGGGGCUCUGCUGCCCCCGCCGCCCGUCCUGCCCCAGCCCCUGCCCCACGACGACCGCGACGUGCACCAGAAGGAAGCGCAGUUCAACACCACCUACAUCGACUGGGUGGACGCCAACCUGCUCAACAUCUACGCCUUCAACCACAGCGUUCGGAGGAACAGGACCGAGGGUGUGCGGGUAUCGGUCAACGUCCUGUCGGACCACAAGGACCGGCCCGUGCUCUUCGUGGUGAGACAGAAGGAGGCGGUGGUCUCCUUCCAGGUGCCGCUCAUCCUCCGGGGCCUGUACCAGCGGAAAUACGCGUACCAGGAGGUGAGCCGCACGCUCUGCCAGCCGCAGACCAAGGCUGAGGUGGAGACCCAGCACUUCUACGUGGAUGUCUCCACGCUCUCCCUCAACGCUUCCUACCAGCUGCGUGUCACCCGCGUGGAGAACUUCGUGCUGCGGACCAAUGAAAGGUUCAGCUUCAAUGCCACGGCCGCCCAGCCACAGUACUUCAAGUACGAGUUCCCUGAGGAAGUGGACUCGGUGAUCGUGAAGGUGACCUCAGCCAUGGCCUUCCCCUGCUCUGUCAUCUCCAUCCAGGACAUCCUGUGCCCCGUCUACGACCUGGACAACAACGUGGCCUUCAUCGGGAUGUACCAGACCAUGACGAAGAAGGCGGCCAUCACGGUGCAGAAGAAGGAUUUCCCCAGCCAUAGCUUCUAUGUGGUGGUGGUGGUGAAGACGGAGGACGAGGCGUGCGGGGGGCCUCUUCCCUACUACCCCCUCUCCAAGGAUGCCUCUCCAGAUGAACCCGUGGAUCAGCACAACCGGCAGAAGAGACUGGAAGUGAUGGUGUCACCUGCCAUAACCUGGCCUGUCCUGGCUCUUCACAGCCGAGGCCUACGUGCGCAGUGUUCUCUUCUGCCUCGGCAUCUUCCUCUCCUUCUACAUCCUCACUCUGCUCAUCGCCUGCUGGGAGAGUUGUCGCAGUGGCACAAAUGGGCUGACAGCUGCUUCCCUCAGCAGGCAGCACAAGAGGAAGGGACUCCUGGCAGCCAUGGAUUCGCCCAGCCUGGAUACAGGAGUAUACCCUGGAUUCCUGGGGAUAAAUCCCAGCGUCAGGGGGACAGGGAGGUCCCAGACUUCUCUGCUGUGGGGCUGGCAGGGCUGUGCUGGGGCUUUGCAUCUCACCAGGUCUAUCUUUUUCUUCUCGUGGCUUUCCGGGGACUCCCAGCGUCGCUCCUGGGUCACUCUCGCAGCAUCCCUGACUCCUUUCUGAACCAUGGCCCCUAUGACAGCUAUGGUUAUGGCUCCUUUGGGAAUGGCUCCUCCAGCAGCACUGAGGGCAUCACAGACAGCCUGGCCUCAGCAGAAGUCUCCUACAGUUACGUGGGGGAGCGGUCACUGGAGAACGUGGCCAGCCGGCCACGCCUGGACUCGCUCAGCUCUGUUGAGGAGGAUGACUACGACACGCUGGCCGACAUCGACUAUGACAAGAAUGUCAUCCGCACCAAGCAAUACCUGUGCGUGGCCGACCUGGCCCGCAAGGACAAGCGGGUGCUGCGGAAGAAGUACCAGAUUUAUUUCUGGAACAUCGCCACCAUUGCUGUCUUCUAUGCCCUCCCCGUCAUCCAGCUCGUCAUCACCUACCAGACGGUGGUGAAUGUCACUGGCAACCAGGACAUCUGCUACUACAACUUCUUGUGCGCCCACCCACUGGGGAACCUCAGCGCCUUCAACAACAUCCUCAGCAACCUGGGCUAUGUCCUGCUGGGUUUGCUGUUCCUGCUGAUCAUCCUGCAGCGUGAGAUCAACUACAACCGCGCUCUCCUGCGCAACGACGCCCACGCCCUGGAGUGUGGCAUCCCCAAGCACUUUGGGCUCUUCUAUGCCAUGGGCACUGCCCUCAUGAUGGAGGGGCUGCUCAGCGCUUGCUACCACGUCUGCCCCAACUACACCAACUUCCAGUUCGACACCUCUUUCAUGUACAUGAUUGCGGGGCUCUGCAUGCUGAAGCUCUACCAGAAGCGUCACCCGGACAUCAACGCCAGCGCCUACAGCGCCUACGCCUGCCUGGCCCUCGUCAUCUUCUUCUCCGUGGUGGGCGUGGUCUUCGGGAAGGGGAACACGGCCUUCUGGAUCGUGUUCUCUGUCAUCCACAUCGUGGCCACGCUGCUGCUGAGCACCCAGCUGUACUACAUGGGGCGCUGGAAGCUGGACUCAGGCAUCCUGCGCAGGAUCCUGCACGUGCUGUACACGGACUGCGUCCGGCAGUGCAGCGGGCCCAUGUACGUGGACCGAAUGGUGCUCCUGGUCAUGGGGAACAUCAUCAACUGGUCACUCGCUGCCUACGGCCUCAUUGUCCGCCCCAAUGACUUCGCUUCCUACCUGCUGGCCAUCGGCAUCUGCAACCUCCUCCUCUACUUCGCCUUCUACAUUAUCAUGAAGCUCCGCAGUGGCGAGCGCAUCAAGCUCAUCCCCCUGCUCUGCAUCAUCAGCACCUCUGUGGUCUGGGGCUUCGCCCUCUUCUUCUUCUUCCAGGGGCUCAGCACCUGGCAGAAAACGCCAGCUGAAUCCCGGGAGCACAACCGUGACUGCAUCCUGCUCGACUUCUUUGACGACCACGACAUCUGGCAUUUCCUCUCUUCCAUCGCCAUGUUCGGCUCCUUCCUGGUGCUGCUGACGCUGGACGAUGACCUGGACUGUGUCCAGCGGGACAAGAUCUACGUCUUCUAGGAUCCUGCAGCCACCGGCUGCUCUGGGACUGUGCCAAACGCCCGGCUGCAGCCCCGGGAGGGGGACCAACCCUUGGGGAGGGAUGUCUGUGCUGCAGGUCCUGCCAGCCACUCUGUCCCCCUCCCCACACAGCCCGGGGACCCUGGUUUGCCUCCUCCCCAUCAGCCGGGUCCUUCCAGGCACUUUGUGCCCAUCUCUGGGCCCGUCACAGCCAAAAAUGGGGCUGGGGGGCCACCAGAGCAUCCGUCCUUGGUGGCAAGUGACACUGGAAAAGGUGCUGCUGCUGCUGCUGCUCCGUGUCUGUGUGCCCGUGGGCACAGUGGGGGGAUUGGGGCAAGCGCCGUGCCAGCAGCCCCAUGGCCCCCCGAGCACGUGGGUGUGGGUCUCUCUUCAGUGCCUGAGUCGAGUGGGUGGGAGGUGGGGGUGCGUGGGGCCAGCACAGUGGUGGCAGUGGCUGGAGAGGCCCAGCUCGUGUCUCCUCCAGGGUCCCAGGAGGAGGUGGCCACAGUGGCCCCCGUCACCACUCCCCAUCGAGGUGCUGCGCGCCCCGGCGCGUGGAUCUGCUGGAAAGGGACUCUCAUUAAAGUGUCUGCACUUUC